UUUUAAAUAUGUUUAGAGGCUGUUAGUUCAGAACAGGUUUAAGGUAAGUACGUUUCACUACUAGACAACGUGCUGUUGCAUACAGUACUUCAAAAUUCGAGUCAACGCAAUAAAAAAUGUCGAACGACAAAACACCCGAUUUAUUUGAUAAACCUGCAAGACAAUAUAAUAGUAGUGGAAGAGCACUGGCUGAAGAUGCGAUUCGUCUGCAAAAAUGGUUAGAAACACAACCCCAUCUUCCAAAAAUGUUGGAUACACAGGCUGUCAAAAAUUUUUUACUCCUCAAUAAAUGUAGUUUUGAGAUUACGAAGCAAAAAAUCGACAACUAUUAUUCCGUCAGGGCAAAAGUACCAGAUAUAGCUUUCGAAAUCAAUCCGAAACGUCCCUGCCACCAAGAGUUUAACGAUAUGGUAUAUUUCGUGGAUUACCCUCAACUAACCGACGAAAUGUACAAAAUCACUUACUUCAAAGCAAAAGGAGGAUUUCUACCAGACAAUUACGAACCUAUAAAUAUCCCAAGAAAAUAUUUUAUUAUGCAGGAGCUUAAACUGAGAUACGAUGUCAUGCAUGGGGAUAUUCUGGUCUUCGACUGCAAAGGACACACCUUAAAUAUCGCCCUUAAAGUCACACCAGUGUUGGCUUACAAAACUAUAGUUCUGCUUUAUCAACAAGUUUUCUCUAUACGAAUUAAGGCCGUGCACUUGAUAAACAUGCCACCAAUUUUGAAAACCGUCUUGAAUUUAGUAAAAAGCCUCUUGAGUCCAAAACUUGCCGCAAGGAUUUAUGUUCACGGAGACGAAAAUAUUUUGAAGAAACUCAUUCCUCUGAACUUGCUUCCUGUCGAUUUUGGAGGAGAUGGAUUAUCCUUGGAAGAAUUGGAAGGUAUCCUUAAAGCAAGGUGUGCGAAAAACCAGGAGUUGUUUGAGCGUUUGGGUGAAAUUAAAGUUGAUGAAAAUUUGAGACCGGAGAAGCUGGAGGACGACGACACUUUAGGGGUUUAUGGUAGUUUUAAGAAACUUGAAAUCGAUUAAACCAUUUUUUUAAUGUACUCAAUUCUGUAACAAAAUUUUGUCUUAAAAUCGACUCUUCUUCCGAAUCUUAUUAAAAAAAAAGUUAUAACUUCAUGUAA